CCACUCUCCAAAACGACACUGCCAGCCGACAAAACAGCCACACAACUGCCCCCUCCUCGGCGCCAACUCCACAGGGCUCAUCAGCCACUAUCAACCAAGGAACUGUCGCAUCCCAUUACCUGUGCUACCCCAGAUCGGAUCCCCCGGACCGAAGUUGUCUCAGCCCUACGGCCUUGAUUACCACCAGGAAGUCCAUCAUUGAUCAUUGGUCCUUUUGCCGAUAUCUCUUUCCGUUCUCAAAGGCCCAAAUGCGAGCUGCGUCGAGCUAUAGCUGUGUGCAUGCCUCCAGCAAACAUGGCCAUGGAUGGAUGGAUAAGCAAAUAUGCUGUGAUAUUCGUACCUACCGUAUGAUGCGAGGCGGGCUAUCUGGUACACCGCAUCCCGAGCUUUGGUGUUAAUGUCCUUUUCGUCUUGGUCACGUUGGUCGUAUGCACCUCGAGCUGACAUUUCACAUCUCGUCGCAACCUCACAAAUCGACCAUGCUUCAUUCAGCACGGACAACGGGAUGCGACACAGCAUACGGAUAGCAGAACUUCCAGAUGCCACAGCAGCACAGUAAUGAAGGCAGGUCGUCAAGAGGCAGCCUGCAGGCACGGCACCACCACCACCAGCAAGGGGGUCCUGUAAUUGGGGUCGAUCUUCACAACGGUGUCUUCAACCAAUCAGCACGUCAGCCACGGCCUCUACAGCCCCCAACACGAUCCAGUUGUUCGGCGUGAUUGCACCCCCAAGCCCACUACGACGUGAUAGGCAAGCGAGUCUGACCCCCAACAGUGUGCGCAGCUGCGACAAGCGGCCCUCUUCACCGACCCCCUUUUCAGCCCUGCGAGGACACACUGCCCUCCUUCAUAUAAUGGAUGCAUACAUCAUGGUUGCCUUGCCCGGGCCUGUGUACCUGGCAGUUUGACGGUGCUCUUGUGUAAAGGUGUUGUCUUGCUCGGGGGCCAAGUGAAACCAGUCAACCAACUGGUCUUAAACCCCGGCAAUUGAGAAUCCCCGCCCUCGAGUCACACUCUCCGCGCUUUCGUUGUCAGCUCUCCGUGUUGAACUCAGCGCAGCACAGAACGAGGCAGACAUCAUGGACUCCAAUGAAGCCAGCCGAGAGGCGCCCCAAGGAUCCAGCGCCGCUCUGGAUGGAGUCUCUGGCAUCGCCUUACCAAGACGAAGCGGCGCCAUCAGACAUGCCGCCGGUAGCCGGCCCAUUCUUCCCACCUUGACACCUGGGGUGGGCAAAAACACCUUUGUGGCAACGCCCAUUCAAGAAACGCCAGCCGAUGACGACCCGAGCAGACACUCGUGGGUCUCGUUCGUUUCAGCCAGCACGGCCAGGUCCUCUGCAGUGCCAAGCAUCUUUUCUCAAAGAUUCUCGACCUUCUCGGCCUCUACUCGGCAGUCAAUUCGUCAGUCCUUGAUCGAGUCUCCCAUCUCAGCCAUCAGCCCUUCGUACAAGAGGCAGGACAGCAUCAAGGAAGAAAACCCCUACUUCUGCACCUUCUGCAGUGAUUCCUUUGCAACAAAGGAGGAGUGGAGGCUGCACGAAAAUGACUACCAUGACAAGCGUGAGGUGUACGCCUGCAGCACCUGUUCUGCAGUGUUUCGACGGGCCGCUUCGCUCUGGGACCACGAGAGUGACGUGCAUGGAAUUAAGCCCACAGAUGAGCUUCCCCAGCCAGCACGUUACUCUCCCUUACGAGCUGCCUGGGGUUGCGGCUUCUGCGCUGCCCUCUUCAGAUCCCGUACGGACUACCUUGACCACGUUGGGAAUCAUUACGACGAAGGCUCAGAGCGGGUGCAAUGGCAGCACUCCCUUGUCAUCAAGGCUUUGCUUCAGCAACCAAAGGUAGAAGAAGCAUGGGUUGCCUUGGUGGCAGAGGAGGAGACAGCGCAAGGAGCAAAACUGCGCUUCAUGUGGGACGAGGGCAACAGCGGCCGACUUCUCGAUGCCGAAGAAGCUUCCACAUUACAAGAUGUCCUUGAGUUUUUCGGAAACAGUGCAGUGAUGGAAGCGGAGGAAGUUGCCCUCAUGGCGUAUGACCUUGCCCAAAAGCGGGUGGAAAGAGAUGUGAGCAGGGAUGUGAGCAGCGUGCUGCCGCAGCGUUAUGCUCGACAGGACCCAGAUGAGAUUACAGAGGUCGAUUCUAUCUCACAACCUGAAUCGUCAUCCGCUAGUCACCGAGAAUUACCACGCUCGGUAGACGACAUGUCUCUGGCCAUGUCAUCCAACCUUGACAUCCCCUUUUCUUCAAAUCUGGCCAAAUCAAGCUUCUCAUCACUGAUUGCGGACAAGAUUGCUCGAGAGUCUUCGGCACCAAUGCCAUCAGCAACCGUUGGAGACAGCAUUGCGAGACCCUCCUCAGUACCAGCUGUUCUUUCUAAAGCCCGCCCUGCUCCUAGCAUCGCUCUUCGAAACGCAACAGCACGAGGAAAUCUUCGUCGCAUUGAUAGCGGCCUUCCAAGGGCACCUACGCCUCAGCCUGACCAGCGCCGAGGCAACACCCCGCCACGCCCAAACCUGAUUGCCAACAGAAAUGGCAUAGCAGUAAUGAGCCCAACUCAAGAUCCAUCUACGACUAGUCACCUUCCCGCACAUGUACUUGUUGCUCGAGCGAGCCCGCUAUCCUCGAUCCGCCCACACACAAGCUCCAGUACACUCUCAAGCCACGCAAAGGACAACGCCAAGUGGCUAGAUGACAGCACGAGUGAGACAGUGUCGGAAGACAGCAUGUCGGACACUGACUCUUGGUUGGAACAUGACGGUUUGUCUGCAGCAGCAAAGACAUGGAGAUCGACCUUCAACCAAACAGUAGAGCUUGGCAUGGGAGCACUUUGGACGCGCUAUAAUCAUGGCUGGAAUGCUCUUAUUGUGCAGUGUGUGGGCGAGGCAGGAAGAAGUAGCAGCUCCCCGCACUACCGCGACACGACGGGGAGGGUUCGAAAGGGGACCUCUUCCAGGCAAAACAAGAACCUGCGGCCUGGCGGGCGCUAUCCAAUCGAUGAUGAGGACGAGGACGAUGACGACGGUGAGGGGCAGCGGCCUGGUUCAUCGCUGUCUAAGCGAAGUUCUUUAUCCACAAAAAGAUUUGCAUGCCCCUUCCGUAAGCAUGAUCCACACAAGUACAGCCUUCAGGAACAUGAAGUGUGCGCCGUCAGAUCAUGGGGAACCAUCUCCAGACUCAAAGAGCAUCUUUAUCGCCGUCACUACAAGAUCCACUGCCAACGAUGCAAGCAAAUGUUUGGGGAUUUCAAAGAAUUGCAGGGCCAUGAGAUGUCACCACAGGGGUGUGAGCUCGUUCCCGGUCCGCCGCCUUGCGAUAUUUCAACCCUCCAAGAAAAGCAACUGAAAUCACGAAAACACAAUGCCCGGCGAAAGACAGACGAGGAGAAGUGGGUAGAGAUAUACCAGCUUCUAUUCCCUAACGAGGAAAUACCAUCGUCGCCAUGUGAGUGCAUCCAUCAGGAUCCAACACUCGCCUAA